AAUUCAAGAAAGAUUUUUGUUGGGAACUUCUGGCUUUAGAGAAAUUGGUCCAGUGUUAGUAUAUAUUGGAAAAAAUUAAAUCAAAUCGAAUAAUAAAAGGAAGAUCACGUAUGUGACCAUUACUCCAACACAAAGACAUUCCGGAUUUUUAAGAAAAACUCAGGAUCUUCAACUUUGAUAGCAAAAGUUCCAUACCAACAAAAAUUUCUGGUGAAUCAUCAUUUGUGACACAGCGUCAGGGCACUUUAAUACGAAAGGUGGUUGGAGAUAUAAUCUUUCCGUUGGCAGUUCCUUCCAUGGAAAACCAUUACACUUUCAUAUAAUGAUCCUGAUUUUGACACUGGAGACAUAAUUCAGUCAUUUAGAACCAGCAAUUGAUUUAUCGAUGGGUCAUAAGGACUGGGGUGCGUUAGAAGCAUGUUCUUUCUUUAAUAUAACUAUGCAAGUGUCUACAGAAAUAGAUAUCUAUCUACCUUGGUUCAACUCAAAUUGUCACUUUAUGCCAAGUUACAUUGCCUAGAUUUGGAACAUAUUAAAAGAAUCAUUGGCAAUCACAGCGAUUGUAAUGGACCGACUAAAAUAUGUUUCUUGCAUUUCAAAUGGAGAUUAUUCUUAGGAGAGGAAAGUAUAUAUAUAUUGAAUAAGAAACUACUGUUGAUAUGCCACUAUAUGUGCCCAUCCACCUAAAGAGAAUAAGGUGGCAGUGUGGCACAUAUUGGGAACUAUUGCUGUAACAGGAAAUAAGUAUUAGGAAUUAAGUAGUUUAUUUUAAAUAAUUUACUUUAUGUUAUUUUACAUUUUUAUCCCUGAGAGUUGUAUUUAAAGGUCUUGUGCCUCGUUUGAAAGAAAUCAAUGAAUGAAUGAAACAUUAUCUUCUUCUCUUAAAAACAACUCUCAAUUUAUCUUUGCAUAAUCUCACUUGUACCGAAUUCUAUUCAAUUCAUUAGAAUUCCUACUUUGAGACUUGAUUCUAUCGGUUUCGUCCCUAGAAUCUAUUUAUCCGUUACAAUUGGUAUCUUGAGCCUUCGAUUCAUCGGACAUUAUGGGUCCAAAAUACAAAUUGGUGAAAAUUUUGAAUGCACUUGAUGCGGAAGACAAGAUGGAAAUGGGUUUAUGCUUCAUAUGUGAUAAACCUCUUAACUUUGAACAUCAAUUGUGGCAUCAUAAAAAUAUUCAGGUAGUAAUGAAAGAUGAAGAAGAAGAAUCUGAAUCGGAAUAUGAAGCUCUCUGGAAGCAGGUGGAUGGCCUUGUAGCAAACAACACCGAAGAACCACACAAAGAACAACACGAGGAAGUGAAACCAGAAAGUGAAGUUGUCACGCAGAAUUUAAGUAGAAUUGAUGGGUCAAGGGUUUACACAGGGCCACAUGAAGAGGAAGCUAUGCAACUUAAUAGUGGCACCCUAGCCUUAACCACAGUUUCGCAAAAAUCUCAACCCCUCGCCGAUUCUGUUCUUUUUCUCUCAUAUUCUCCAUUCGAUGACAAUGCAGAGAAAUCGCAGGGUCAAGCAAAAAUGGUCGCAGAUGCUGGAUUGGAAACCAACACGAAGAUGGAGCAUCUCGACACCAACUCUUCUAUCCUAGGCAAUCGUCAUGACACCCACUGUGUUCUCCCUAUUUCGAUUCCGGCAAUAAUUCCGCCACCGGAACCACCCGAUAGGGUUGUCAUUCCAAUGCUAUCACUCAAUUUGUUUUUGCCGGUUACCACCACAAAGCAUUUUGUAUCAAUCGCACCUGCAUGUGUGUAUUCAUUUUCAUUGUUUCAAAAUUCCUGCCAACUGUUUGAUGAAAAGCCACAGUGGCACAACUCUGAAUAUUCACAAUGGCUAUCUAGUCUUCCACCGCCGGAACUACCAAAGACAAGCCACCGAGAUUCGACGACGUGUGAAAGUCCAUUGCAGUCUUCGGCAAGCCUCGCACCAACAUGUACGAUGAAACUGCCAUGGUUUUGGGUAAAGGAGUUGAGAAUUGCAGACCCAAUAUUGGACUGGGAAAAGCUUAAACAUGCCAUAUUUGAAAGGUUGCUGUUUCACACACCACCGAACGACAAUUCUAAUGCCACGGAGACUCUGACAUUACCGCCGCCAAUGACACCAGAUCAAGAUUUUCAGAGGACAAAAGCCAUAGUCAAGGUUUUUCACUACUAUUUCCUUAUUGAAGGUUAUGCUUCUAAUUUUGUUUGGGGGUAUUAUGAUGAAAUCGUAAAGAGGCUUUUCAGGACAAUGUGGAUUAAUCUACUUAAUUGUUGGGGAACAAAUUUGUUUUUAAAUUGUGUUUAUCAUAAUUCAGUUGAUGAAAUUGAUGGUUCCUUCCAAAUGUUGGAUGAAAUGCUAGAGUGUCACAUAUGUGUUGGGAAUGCCGUCUUUAGCAUGUGCACAAAUUAUCAGUCUGAAGGUGUUUCUCUUGAUUUUUCCAAAGGCCUACAUUUGAUAUGGAUGGCGCCUGAUUGUUACACCUUAUGCAACAUGUUGCUUUUGUGUUCUUUGGAGUUUUUAAAUUUUGGAAGGCAAACUCCUUUUGUGGUAAAGUUUCCGAUGACUAUAUCCUUAUUGAUGAAUGGUAGGUGGGCUGAAAGAGAAUUACAAAACAAUUUAUUGGAGGAGGAUUGGUUGUUCAUUAAGAUCACUUCAUUCUCUUGUUUUUGGCCUAAACUGUUCUUUGUUUGGGGAAUGAGAAAAUCCUUUAGAGAAAUUUGUUCAUAUUUUUCAUGUGAUGGAAACAUCACCUUAACAGAGCUAGUAGAGGAACCCCAUGCAAUUGUCUUACUCUUUCUAUUAUUAUUGCAAAAAUUUGGAACACUCAAUGGCAGUUUCUUUAUUCCCCCAAUAAGGAAUGUUUGGUUCCUAAGCAGCACACUAGUAAAACUUUGUUGCAUCACACAAUACCCUGCUGGGGAUAUUCUUAGUACUCAAAUAUAUAGCAUGAUGAAGGACUAUGCUAUAACAAUUGAUGGUUGGUCAAAAGCCUAUGAAGAUGUCACUUUGUCAUACCAUUUUCUGUUGAAUAAUCACUUUGAGUUACACAAUUUGAAGGGUACUGUACUUGAAAAUAUGUUGAAAGAAGCUUGGGUAAAAGCACUUGGAGAAUAUAAGUCCUUUAGGGGUUUUGGAGAAAUUGUUUCUGUGUCACAUCUAGCCUUUUUAAACACUGUGAGAUGGCCAAAAUUUGGUGCACUAGUCCAAGCUGUCUAUAUUGCAACCAUUUCAGAUUACAGACAUGCAAAUUUAGUUGAAGAUGUUGCUCUGAUUGUUAAUAUGAUGGUGCAAAGUUAUGCAGUAGCAAACUUUUGGAAAGAGGAUAAGUUGGAUAAUGAGAAAAACAUGUUGACUCAUGUCUACAAUUCUCUUGCUUGGAAAUUAUGUGUAGCACCACUUUAUGCUUCUUUCUACAAUUUAACUAAGGAUUUUUUGCUAAUAUUUCAACACACAAUGUUGGUAAUUGUUUUACAUAGGAAGAUGAUCUGCAAGGGUAAUUUUCGUGCUCCUAAAGUUUUAUCCAAGUUGAAGGAUUGACUUCCAAAGCAUGGAUGUCAGAAGUUUGUUGCUAAUUUUGAUCUUGUUGUGGCUAUUCUUCAUAGGAAAAUGAUUCAAAGGGGAAGUGUUCAUGUUUCUUUAGUUCUACUCAAAUGGAAGUUUUUACCUCCUAAGCAUGGUACUUGGAAAUUAUCAUCCUUGAGGACAAGGAUGUUUGAAGGGGAGGGUAUUGUAACAGGAAAUAAGUAUUAGGAAUUAAGUAGUUUAUUUUAAAUAAUUUACUUUAUGUUAUUUUACAUUUUUAUCCCUGAGAGUUGUAUUUAAAGGUCUUGUGCCUCGUUUGAAAGAAAUCAAUGAAUGAAUGAA